AUCUACUAUCAAAUGAGAUAAUUGACGUCAAUAUUUAACAAAAAAAGUUGUUAGACAAAAAAUGGUGACGUCAUACAUUAAAACAACAUUUAAAUUUCGUAUCUGAUGAAGAUAAGGCAAUUUUAUUUAACCAUUACAUAUUAUCUUUUCUAUAAGUACCUACAUAACAGGGUUUAUCCAAAUUUAUCAUUUGACUAGACGUAAACCUUAGGUGGGAAUAUUGGUCUUUAGUAACAGAUAGCUUAUCCAAGAACGUGCACAACAGUUCAUACGUGAGUAAAAUGAAGUGUUGCACGUUUUUAAUCAUCGCAGUGGCGCUUCUCGGCAGUGCAGAAUGUUCAAAAAUAUUGUUGGUGUUCCCUUUUGCGGCGCCCAGCCAUUACAUCCUGGGUAGUACUCUUGCCAAGGGCUUAGCUGAAAAUGGUCACAACAUCACCAUGGUCAGCGCAUUCGGGGAGAGAACCCCUCCGCAAAAUUUAACAUACAGAGAUAUCGUUCUAACUGGCUUUUUGGAGGAACGGAAAAAACGAAAUAUGAACCUGUUCAAAUUAGAAGAUCUGGACCCUUACAGCUACACGACAUUUCUAUUAUCAAUGUGUCUAGAGAAUACUCGGAAAACAUUUGAACAUCCCAACUUUCAAGCACUGAUAAAUUCCGACGAAGAAUUCGACGCCGUUAUCGUUGAAGUGUUCUUUAACGAGGCUUUGUAUGGACUGGCGUCCCAUUUCAAUGCACCUUUGAUAUUGUUUAGCUCCACUGGACCUAGCUUGUAUAUCGAUAUGGCUAUAGGCAACCCAUCACCACCGUCUUACAUCCCCGAAAUCAUAUUGAAGUACUCAAGUGACAUGACGUUCUGGCAACGUGUAAUGAAUUGGUCGUUUAAAGUUAUAGCACAAUUAUAUUAUUAUUACAUUAACCUUCCUGCACACAAUAGAAUCAUGAAGCAGCAUUUACCUCACAUACCGGAUCUAAGCGUAAUAAACUACAAUGCUUCCAUAAUUUUACUAAAUUCCCACGAAAGUUUCAGCCAACCCAUCCCCCACGUGCCUAACAUGAUAGAUAUUGGAGGUUUUCACGUUACUCCUGUAGACCAUCUGCCGUGGGAUGUGAAAAAUUUCAUGGACGGCGCAAAGGACGGAGUUGUAUAUUUCAGUAUGGGGUCGGCAAUAAAACCUACAGAUAUGCCAGAAGAUAAAAGGGACGCCAUCGUGAAAGCUCUGGGAAAAAUUAAGCAGAGGGUUCUGUGGAAAUGGAACGAAGAUAAUAUAAUAGGAAAGCCAGAUAAUGUCAAAUUGUUUAAGUGGCUACCACAGCAGGACAUUUUAGCUCACCCCAACACCAAACUGUUUAUUACCCAUGGCGGAUUGCUCAGUACAAUUGAAACUCUACACCACGGAGUACCAAUCCUUUCAUUCCCCAUAUUUGGAGACCAAAAGGCAAACUCAGCUCGGGCUGAAAUGGAUGGAUAUGGAAUCACCAUUCCAUUUCCUGAAAUAACUGAAAAGAAACUGACUGCAGCCUUGAAGGAACUACUGAAUAAGAAGAAAUACCGAAAAAACGCCAAAAGGCGUUCGAAGUUGAUGCGUGAUCGGCCAGUACAGUCUUUGGACUUGGCUAGAUAUUGGGUAGAGUAUGUGAUAAGGCACGGGGGAACGCCUCACCUGAGGGUGGCUGGUGUGGAUUUACCCUGGUACAAAUAUCUGCUGCUGGACGUCAUAUUGUUUGUGGUAUUAGCCAGCGUAGGCUCAAUAACCACGAUAUACGUUGUUAUGAGGAGACUAUGUCGUAGACAGGUGGCGAAGAAACAGACGGAGAAGAAACAGACAGAGAAGAAAAAGAAAGUUAAGAAAAAUUGAUGACAGUAUCUAUUACAUUUUAUUGUAAAUUAAUUUGGACUUUUGAAUCAACUUUUCAAUAUUCGUUCAGAAGUUUUAUAAAAUUUAUUUAUGUAUAAUUAAUACAAAAUAAUCAACAUUAUGAAUUUGUAAAAUUUUGGCCCGGCAGGUAAUGCAUUUUGAGAAUGAUAGUCAAAUAAUCGACACUUCUAAUCACAAUGCCUAAAUAAUGUUUAUACAAAAAAAUAGUAUUGAGUACAUCCAGAUUUUCAAAUUCAAGAUAUGUGGUCAUUUUGAACCAAAA